GUCAGCUUCUCUUUGGCGCUGUCUGGGGAGGGAACAGAGUGACCCGAUAGACUGCUCUGAUACGGUUUUUGAAAUAAAUCACUAGGAGAACGUAUCAAAGGCAAUGCAGCGGCAGGUUUUUAUGUGUUUCACGUUCCUCUUUCCUCCUCCUGCCGUGGCCGGGAAGGGGAAGUGACGUACUUCCGGUGUAAUGGCGGCGCGGUGGAGUUCCAGGUGAUCCUUGCAGACAGAAAAAGUAUACUGUCAGAAAAUUCAUACCAUUUGGGACUUGUUAUUUGGACCAGCUUAAGGAGCCUGAUUGAUAGGAUCAACUGGCAGCAGAAAAUGAAAAGUAGUGUGGCACAGAUAAAACAUUCUUCAGGUCAUGACAGAAGGGAAAACAACAGUUCAUAUCAAAGGACCAUCUCUCCAGAAGACAGAUAUGCAGAACAAGAAAGAUCCCCCCGGGAUAGAGAUUACUUUGAGUACAGCAGGUCAGACAAUGAGCGUUCAAGAAGAGGACGUUCUUAUGAUGGCAGCAUGGAGUCACGAAGUAGGGACAGAGAGAAACGCAGAGAAAGAGAAAGAGAAAGAGAAAGAGAUGUGGAAUUGAAAAGGUACCGGAGAUCUUCAUCGCCUGGGAGGAGAAGCCCAGAACCAUCGGUAACCCAAAGUUCCUCUGCUCAGGAUGAGCCUACUGCAAAGAAGAAGAAAGAGGAGCUGGAUCCUCUUCUUACUCGUACUGGUGGAGCAUAUAUUCCUCCGGCAAAGCUCAGGAUGAUGCAAGAACAGAUCACAGAUAAAAACAGCUUAGCAUACCAGAGGAUGAGCUGGGAAGCCCUAAAGAAGUCAAUUAAUGGUCUUAUCAACAAAGUCAACAUUUCUAAUAUAGGUAUUAUUAUUCAAGAACUCCUUCAAGAAAACAUAGUUAGAGGGAGAGGCCUGCUGUCCAGAUCUGUUUUGCAAGCACAGAGUGCUUCUCCAAUCUUCACCCAUGUUUAUGCAGCCUUAGUGGCUAUUAUCAACUCGAAAUUUCCACAAAUCGGAGAAUUAAUCCUCAAGAGGUUAAUUCUUAAUUUCCGGAAAGGCUAUCGAAGAAAUGAUAAGCAACUUUGUCUGACUGCUUCAAAAUUUGUGGCACAUCUUAUUAACCAAAAUGUGGCACAUGAAGUUUUAUGCUUAGAGAUGCUCACUUUGCUCCUGGAAAGACCAACAGAUGAUAGUGUUGAAGUAGCUAUUGGUUUUCUCAAGGAAUGUGGCCUCAAAUUAACACAGGUGUCACCAAGAGGAAUCAAUGGUAGUGUAUAUCCUUGUUUUGAUAGCCAGCUUUUGUUUGAGUAUUAUAAUAUUUAUUGCUUAUUUUAUUGUCUUUUCUUUCUGCUUAACCUAGCUAUAUUUGAACGCCUUCGAAACAUUCUCCAUGAGUCUGAAAUAGAUAAAAGAGUUCAGUACAUGAUUGAAGUGAUGUUUGCUGUAAGGAAAGAUGGGUUCAAGGACCACCCUGUUAUUCUAGAAGGACUUGACUUAGUGGAAGAAGAUGAUCAGUUCACCCAUAUGCUUCCUCUUGAAGAUGACUAUAAUCCAGAAGAUGUUCUUAAUGUUUUCAAGAUGGAUCCUAAUUUUAUGGAGAAUGAAGAGAAGUACAAAGCUAUUAAGAAGGAAAUUCUUGAUGAAGGAGAUAGUGAUUCAAACACAGAUCAAGAUGCUGGAAGUAGUGAAGAGGAGGAGGAGGAAGAGGAGGAAGAGGGAGAAGAAGACGAAGAAGGACAAAAAGUGACUAUUCAUGACAAAACAGAAAUUAAUCUAGUCUCAUUUCGUCGUACAAUUUAUCUUGCUAUUCAAUCAAGUUUAGAUUUUGAAGAAUGUGCUCACAAAUUGCUGAAAAUGGAAUUUCCUGAAAGCCAAACAAAAGAACUCUGCAACAUGAUACUGGAUUGCUGUGCUCAACAAAGAACAUAUGAGAAAUUUUUCGGCUUAUUAGCUGGACGAUUUUGCAUGCUAAAGAAAGAGUACAUGGAAUCCUUUGAAAGUAUAUUCAAAGAACAGUAUGAUACCAUCCAUCGCUUGGAAACAAACAAAUUGAGAAAUGUUGCUAAGAUGUUUGCUCAUCUUCUAUACACUGAUUCACUUCCAUGGAGUGUUCUUGAAUGUAUAAAGCUGAGUGAAGAAACCACUACGUCCUCCAGUAGGAUUUUUGUUAAAAUAUUUUUCCAAGAACUGUGUGAAUACAUGGGUCUUCCUAAACUUAAUGCAAGAUUAAAGGAUGAAACCCUACAGCCAUUCUUUGAAGGGUUAUUACCCCGAGAUAAUCCCAGAAACACUCGUUUUGCCAUCAACUUUUUUACUUCUAUAGGUCUUGGAGGUUUAACGGAUGAAUUGCGUGAGCAUCUCAAAAAUACACCAAAGGUCAUUGUGACACAGAAACCAGAAAUCGAGCCAAAUAAUUCCUCCCCCUCCUCUUCCUCUUCCGCAUCCUCCUCGGCAGAGUCCGACUCCUCUGCUUCUGGUUCGGACAGCAGUGACAGCAGCUCAGAGUCUUCCAGCGAAGACAGCGACUCCUCAUCCGCCAGCAGUCAGAGCUCUGCCUCAGCUAAAGCUAUAAGAAAGAAGGGACAAGGGAACACCAGAAGCAGAGAAGUAGAUAAACUGAUCAGGAAACAACAAAUAAAUGAUAGGAAGCAAGAAGAAAGAAGAUCAGAGCAAAGGCACCAAGAAACAAGGACUGAAAGAGAAAGGAGAUCAGAAAAACUCAGAGAUAAAAAUUCAAGGGAUCCAAAUUGGAGAGAUCCUGUAACAAAAUACACUUCAGACAGAGGUGUUCCUUCUGAACGAAAUAGUUACAGUAGAGUCAUCAAUGAUAGAGACCAAGAAAUGCAUCUAGAUUUGGAAAAUGAGUAUGGUGAUCUGAAAAAGAGGAGAGGAGAGAGAAGAAAUUCUUUUUCUGAAAAUGAGCAUAGAUACCGAAAUAAGGACAGUGAAAAAUUUAGAAGAAAAGACAGAUCAAAGUCAAGAGAAAAGAAUAGAAAACAUUCAGACUCUAGAAGCGAUGAAGAUAGGUAUCAGAAUGGUGCUGAGAGGCGGUGGGAAAAAUCUAGCAGACACUCUGAACAAUCCAGAGAAUCAAAGAAAAAUCAGGACCAGCGGAGAGAAAAGUCUCCAACAAAGCAAAAAAAGUAAUUCUACAAAAUUACAGAAACUGAACAUGCCUUAUAUUCAGUUGAAACAAAUUAUUUUUUACAUUGAUUAUUGAACUUUAUAGAGAAUUGUACAAAGUACUGGUUUGUAUUGUACAUUUUAAAACUGUUUUCAUUUUAAUAUGGUUUAUAUAAUUGAUACAUGUCAAGGCUCUCCACAUAAAAUUAUUUGAAAAGUUUCACCAGAGAGGAAUGUAUUUCUGGCAUAUAUUUUGUUAAUAAAAUGAUUAAAUACUUACUGAAUCAGUGAUUUUUUUCAUUGACAGAUUUUUUUCUGAUAAUGUUUCCAGUUGUCAUAGAACUGUUAUGAUUUUUACUGACCAAAAUAAAUAAGCCAUUUCAGUUUAACAUUUUUGCAUUGUUAAUGAGAUGCUAUGAACCUUCUUGAGGAGUCUCCUUUUUUAUUAAAUAGAGGAAUUAUUUCAAGUUUUAUAUUGUGUCUUGAACAAAAGAGGUAUAUAUAAUUUUUUUCACAAGUGUUUUUGCUGAAGUUAGGUCUAUAUUGGUCUUUAGACAAAUACACAGCUAUAUUAUUUAUAAUUAGGACUUCUCACAUUGAUAACAGCUCUUUUUGGAUUGCUAGAUUAAUGUUUACUGGAAAUUCUUUGUGACUAGUGCUUUUUCUCAGCCUUGAAGUUAUGUCACUAUUGGUGAAUUAAGGUUUUUAAUUUUUAAUCUGCAUUAGUACGUCAUUGGAAAACAUGAAGUCAUAAGAAAUGUGAACAGCUAAUUGUGAAAUAAUUACAAGUUUUUGUAAGAAUUUUAAGAGUUUCCAUCGUUAUUCACCAUUUAUUAUGUGACCAUAUUAUUUAUUACUUUUGAAAUAAAAUAUCGCCUCUGAAAUUUUA